AUGACUGAACUAGAUAUACGUCUUAGUAGUUUACCAAAUUCGACAAAUGAAUUUGAUUACGAAAAAUUUACAAUAAAAAGUAUUAGUGAUAACUGGGAAUGUACAAGGAAAUGGGUAAAAGACGAUACCAUUCAUUAUGACUAUUUGACCAAUGCCUAUGGAGAUCUUGAAGCCCCAAUAGCUGAUUGUAAUAAUGUAGCUUAUAAUGCUCAUUGUAAAACUAUUAUGAAAGUUUCAAAUUAUAUGGAAUAUUUGAAACAGAACAAUGAACAACUUCUUUACUUAAAAGACUGGCAUUUAAAAAGAUUACAACCAAAUGAUAAUUUUUAUGAAACUCCAAUGCUGUUUGCAUCUGAUUGGCUUAAUGAAUUUUGUCAAGAUCUUCAAGAAGAUGAUUUUAUGUUUGUUUACAUAGGACCCAAAAACUCAUGGACACCACUUCAUGCAGAUGUAUAUUCUUCAUAUAGUUGGUCUGUAAAUGUGGUAGGAAGGAAGCAAUGGAUAUUAUUCCCACCAGGAGAAGAAGAGAAACUUAAAGAUAAAUUAGUGGAACAGGAAAUUCAAGAGUUUAAACACUCUGAUGACUUCACUGCGCAGUGUCAAUUAAUUUUAAAAUCUAUUUUUGGUAUGGAUUUUAAAAUGUUUGUUAGAUUCAUUUGCCAUAUAGCGGACAAAAUUGUGAAUCUAAACCAUUCUCAGAUCCCCUUGAACACACACAAAAAAUUUCAUCAAAAUCGGUCCAGUCGUUUAAGAGAAGUUCAGUGA